GAUACAUUUGUGAAACUACGAGGACUUAUUUGCUCUUUUAUCGUAAUUAUUCCACCCCCUUCUCGUAGCCUGAUUCUGAUAUGAAGUGGCUUGAUUGACAUUUGCCGCCGGUGACUCCAACCUGUCGGUGUUCUCCGGCGAAAUCGACAGUCAACCUCCUCCAUCUCCCUCUCUGUAAACAAUGGAUCAAUCUUUUCUGCUGAUGCUAACAAAUCUUCUUCACCUUCAGAACCACCUUGACCCUACCACCUCUCUCCUCUCCGAUUCCAGCUCCUCUUAUUCUUCCUCCAUCGCUUCACCCACCUCCCCUACUUCCCUCCUCACCUCCACCUCUGCCGCCCCUCUCCUCUUCUUCACCAUCGCCUCUGUUCUCUCUUACCUAGCCACCCACCACUCACCCAACAAAAAACCCAAAACUUCACCUAAUAACGACAACAACAACCCCUCUUCUCCGUCUCACGCCGCCGCUGCCGCCGAAUUCUCCGUCUCGGCCUUCCGUGCUCUCUCCACUGAACAUAUUUGGGCCAUGGAAGCUCCUCUCCGUGACGCUCAGUGGCGUUCCCUGUACGGCUUAUCAUAUCCAGUUUUCACCACCGUUGUCGAUAAGCUGAAACCCUACAUUACCCAGUCCCAACUUUCUCUCCCGUCUGAUUACGCUGUUGCUAUGGUACUUUCUAGACUCUUCCACGGCUUUUCUGCUAAAACCCUAGCUACCCGUUAUGGUCUUGAACCUUACCUGAUCUCGAAAAUUACUAACAUGGUCACCCGCCUCUUGGCUACUAAGCUUUACCCUGAAUUUAUCAAGAUUCCGGUGAGUCGCCGCCGUCUUGUGGAGACCACUCAAGGGUUUCAAGAGCUGACUUCACUCCCUAAUAUAUGUGGAGCUAUUGAUGGAACGGCUGUUAGGCUGCAGCAUCUUCCGUCAGACACUGUUAACUCUUCUAUGUACUUUAGUAAAUAUGGAUUCCCCUCCGUAUUGCUUCAGGUUGUUGCUGAUCACAAGAAGAUAUUUUGGGAUGUUUGUGUGAAAGCCCCAGGUGGAUUUGACGAUGCUACACAUUUUAGGGAUAGUUUGUUGUAUAAUAGGUUGAUUUCCGGUGAUAUUGUUUGGGACAAAGGGGUUAAUGUUAGGGGACAACAUGUGAGGCCUUAUAUUGUUGGGGACUGGUGUUUUCCUUUGUUGUCUUUUUUGCUCACUCCGUUUUCAUGGAAUAGGACUGGUUCGCCUGCUCAAAACGCGUACGAUGAGGGCUUGAUGAAGGGGAGGAAGAUGGUUGAGGAAGCUAUAGGUUUGUUGAAGGGGAGGUGGAAAAUUCUUCAGAAUUUGAAUGUGGGACUAAGUCAUGCGCCACAAACGAUUGUUGCUUGUUGUGUGUUGCAUAACUUGUGUCAGAUUGCGAGGGAGCCGGAGCCAGAGCUUUGGAGGGAGCCAGAAGAGAAUGGUUCCCCUCCAAGGGUGUUAGAGAACGAGAAGUCAUUCUAUUAUUAUGGUGAAAGCUUGAGGCAGGCCUUGGCUGAUGAUCUAUAUCAACGCCUAUCUUUGAGAUGAAAGAAUUUACCAGGAGGAGGGGAAAUCUUCUAAUGCGUUGCUUUGAUGUAAGGAUAAGUUUACUACUUGUUAAUUCUAGUUUUUGGUUCCUGCUAGCUGAUAUUGCUCUUUGACAAACCUUAAGGGGUAGGAAAGAUCCUCUUUUUACUGAGCAGUACCUGUAGUCUAGUUGAUAACCUUGAACUACCUCAAGGAUUCGGUUUGUUUGAUUCCUGUGAGGCAUAGUUGCUGCUUUUUAAAUCUUAUGUUGAAUGAAAAAUAUAGUAAGAUCUACGUCUUUUCUGUAAAUCAUUGAGAUAUGUGGCUUUAUGCAGCUACAAUUUUCACCUUGUCUAAUUGUUAGUUUGAGUUA